AUGGGAAAGAAGGGAAAGCAUAAACAUAAAUAUGGUCAUGUUGGACACCAUCAUCAUGGAGGAUAUCCACCAGGUGCAUAUGCUCCACCGCCCGGAGGGUAUCCCCCUCCAGGAGGAGGAUAUCCUCCUGGAGGGUACCCCCCACAUGGGGGACAUCCAGGAUAUCCACCACAUGGAGGACAUCUUACUCCUGGAGGGUAUCCCCCUCAUGUAGGACACCAUCCACCUGGAGGAUAUCCCCCUCAGGGUUAUCCUCCUCAAGGCUACCCGCAAGCAGGUUAUCCUCCUGUUGUCCAACCAGGUGGUUAUCCUCAUGGUGCACACCCUCCAUCUGGUUAUCCUGGAGCUUCUUAUUCGGGGCAUGGUGCUUAUGGACAACACGCCGGUAAAGUUAAGCAUGGGAAGCACGGAAAAUAUAAAGGGAAGAAGGGAAAGAAACACGGAAUUCUAGGCAAAAAGAAGUUGUGGUAA